AUGAAACUCUAUGCUAUUUCAGAUCUCCACCUCAGCUACAAGCACAACCGCGAAGCUCUGUACGACCUGAGACCUCACCUGGAUGACAGCCUGAUCAUCUGUGGUGAUGUUGGAGAGAAGAUUGAGCACCUCCACGAAGCAUUCAAGCUCACCACGAAGCUCUUCAAGCAAGUCUUCUGGGUGCCCGGUAAUCACGAGCUGUACACGCUGCCGGGCCGUCGCAACCGCGCCGAGGAAACCGAAGAGGAAGUCCUCGACGAGGAACUCCGGGGAGAUUUCAAGUACCAGGAAUGUGUUCGGGUCGCCAACGAGUACGGCGUCAUCACCCCCGAGGAUGAGUACGUGAAGUGGGAAGGAGAAGGCGGACCCUGUAUCAUCUGCCCCAUGUUUACGCUUUACGACUACAGUUUCAGGCCCGAUGAUGUGUCGAGAGAAGAUGCUUUGGAGUGGGCGAUGGAGGAGAACAUAGUCGCGACGGAUGAGGCACUCCUUCACCCGGACCCGUACGAGUCGCGGGAUCUGUGGUGUCAGGAGCUGGUUUCCAAGGCCGAGGAGAGACUGGAAGCCACCUCUCAAAGAGGGAUCCCUCUGGUGCUGGUCAACCACUGGCCGCUGCGCCAAGACACAAUCACAAUCCCCAUGAUUCCCCGAUUCAGCUUAUGGUGCGGGACCAAGAAGACCGAAGACUGGCACACGCGAUUCAACGCCAAAGUCGUGGUGACGGGGCACCUGCACGUUCGCAGGACGGAUUGGAGAGACGGAGUGAGGUUCGAGGAGGUCAGUCUCGGGUACCCCAAACAGUGGCAGAUUGCACGGGAGAGAGGCUUGGAUAUCAACGAUCUGCUGAGGGAGAUCUUGCCGGCCCCGGACAUGCAGGAUCCCGGUGAUGGCAAGACCAUUUGGAGGAGAUCGGGCAGACCGUCGACGGAUCUUGUCAAGAGCAUCAAGGGCCUGGAGUGA